UUGCGAUUCAUCGUUACAUGGGAGGCCCUUGAGCCCCGCAGACCAGGAGAGUAUGAUUAUGAGUAUAUUCAGUAUGUCGUUGAUAUCAUCCGGAAGUGUGACGAGUAUGGAAUCAGUGUGCUUAUUGAUCCGCAUCAAGAUGCCUGGUCGAGGUGGACGGGAGGGGACGGAGCACCGAGGUGGACUUUGGAGAAGAUAGGAUUUGAUCCUGAAAAGCUAUCCGAGUCGGGAGCAUGUUUUCUACAUCAACGUCAUUUGGGAGAUGAAAGCGAUCCUGAGGG